AUGAAGCUGCAUUUCAAUACCGUAUUAGGAUGCAUAGUUGGGUUCUUGAGCGUGGGUUCGGCUGCGCCAACGUGGCCAGCGGCGAUCGACGAGUUGGAAGAUGUGAUGUUUCUAAACACGGGAUACAAGAGUAGAGGAUUCUCGUCCCAUAUUACACCCUGCUCCUUUUCGGAAUUUGGACCGGGACGACAGACUGCAGCAGAAUGGCUCCGGAUCGGUUUCCACGACAUGUCCACCACGAAUAUUUUCUUUGAGCCGCAUGGAGGGAUCGAUGGGUCGAUUGCAUUUGAGUUGCAAAAUGGAGAGAACAUUGGUGCCGGCUUCGAGACGAGCCUCAAUACAUACUCGAGUUUCUUCAACUCCCGAUUAUCUGUCUCGGAUAUGAUAGCUCUGGGUGUCUAUGCAUCGGUUCGAGGUUGCGGUGGGCCCGUUGUGCCCAUGCGUGGUGGAAGAGUAGAUGCUACUGCUGCUGGCCCGAUGGGAGUCCCUCAGCCACAGAAUGCACAGGGGAUUUUUGUCAAUCAGUUCGCGAGGAUGGGCUUCAACUCAGUAGACAUGAUACAAAUGACGGCUUGUGGACAUACUUUGGGAGGCGUGCAUGCUGGCAACUUCCCUAACAUCGUGACACCAGGAACUGCGCCAGAUGAUUAUCACCUAUUUGACACGACCCUCGAAUUCGAUAACAACGUUGCAGUACAGUACGUCAACGGUCAAACUACCAACCCGCUCGUCGUUGGGCCGUCUGUGGCAAGCACCAGAAACUCAGACUUUGUUGUCUUUAACACUGAUAAGAAUGUGACGAUCAAGACUAUGACAAAUGCGCAGACAUUCCAAAGUGUGUGUUCUUCUAUCCUACAACGAAUGAUCGAGACGGUACCUCCAACUGUCCCCUUAUCGGAUAUCAUACAACCGUAUGAGGUUAAACCAGCCGGUUUGCAACUUACCUUGCUAUCUGGAGGGACGCAGAUUCAGUUUUCUGGGGAUAUUCGGGUUCGAACAACGGUUCGAAGCGCCUCACAGAUUGCCACUGUACAGCUUACCUAUAAGGACAGGACUGGUGGAAGCGCUUGCGGAAGCUGUAGUAUUACUACAUCCGUGAGCGGCACGGCGAAUGGAUUCGAUGACAGCUUUUCGUUCUAUUCUUUCAGCUCAAACCUACCUGCUACCUCCUCGAUAUCGUCCUUCACUGUGGUAAUCACUGGUACCGACGGAACCACCGAGACGUAUGACAAUAACGCUAGCGGGUUUCCCAUUCAGGAUUCGGUUAUCGCGCUUGCUCCCCAGAGUUGCCUUAGCAAUGGAAACCUCACAGUCUUUGCUGCAGUCCAUACUAGUGUCACCACCCCUGUGAGUGUGUCCAUUACACAGAAAGUACCAAGGGCUGCAGGAACACCAGUCCCUGCGCUAGUAAGCUCGAGUGUUGCUAUGAUUAAAAGAUCCACUGUUGGGCAAUACGAUAUCUACAGUGCUAGCUACACUAUUUCUUCGGCUACUGGUACCAAGUAUGGAGUAUCGAGCGGCUCGUUCACCGACGACUUCAAGGACGCGACCAGCCUAGGAAGUACAUGUGCUCCUUUGGGCACGGCAGUUCCAAGCAGCAGCUCCUCUUCUAGUUCAGCCACCUCAACAAGCAGUUCCUCUUCUAGUACUGCGGAGUCUAGCAGUAGCACAUCGAGCUCCCUCACAUCCAGUAGCACUUCAACGUCUGCUACAUCGACCCCAACGCUUGGAGUGAAACCCACAAUUGGCGCAUAUACCUUCCAAGGAUGCUACACAGAAGGGACGGGCGUCAGAGCUCUCUCAGGAGCAUCCUUUUACAGCUAUCCCGAUAUGACUCUUGAGAUGUGUGCAACUAAUUGUGCCGGAUUUACGUACUGGGGCGUCGAGUAUGGUGGAGAAUGUUACUGUGGGAAUACACUUGAUGCAACAUCCACCAUGGCUGCUCUUAAUGAUUGCAACUUCAUCUGCCCAGGAAACAGCUACGAGUAUUGUGGCGCAGGCAACAGACUGGAGUUAUAUAAACUCACCAGUGCCAUAUCGAGUACUAGUAGCAUUUCUUCGAGCACCAAAUCUUCGUCAUCUAGUACCGCCCCGACAAGCUCGUCGAGCUCGACAUCACCUACUGAACCCCCAACUACAUCAACGUCUUCUAGCUCGGUAUCCUCCACAGAGGUAUCGACAUCCUCCUCGACAAGCCCCUCCGCAUCACCUACCCUUCAUAUUGUUCCAUCAGCCGGUCCUUACAAGUACCUAGGGUGCUAUACUGAAGGCGAAGGAGUCCGAGCCCUUGGCUCCGCAUCAUACCCGUCAGACACGCAAACAAUUGAGGCCUGUGCCGCGGCCUGCGCCCCUUAUAAAUAUGCAGGUGCCGAAUAUGGACGCGAGUGUUGGUGCGCGGAUUCCUUUGGUGCUGGGUCGGUUCUUGUACCGGAUAGUGAUUGCUCAAUGACUUGUGCUGGCAGUCAGUACGAGUACUGUGGAGCAGGAAACAGAUUGACUGUUUACGUUAUGAAUGGCACAGAUACGACAGGUCCUUUGUCCAGCACCAGCAGAAUUUCCAAUUUAAGCUUAGGACCGUCAACUUUUGGCUUACCAAAAUCUAGUUCAACUACUCGCUCAACAACUAGUUCAAGCAAAACUACAUCUCCUACCGUCGGCAGCAGCACAGCGACACCGUCCUCCUCAUCAACCCUCACAACCAGCACGAAAUCAUCUUCGUCGGCAGUGUCCACGCAAACAGCUGCAGCCAUAAAACAAAACAUCGGAGACUAUACCUAUUACGGUUGUCAAACUGAAGGAACGGGCGUCCGAGCACUUUCUGGCGCGGCAUCUUUCAACUACACUUCGAUGACCCUCGAGAUGUGUGCAGAAAGCUGUGCAGGAUAUAAAUACUGGGGCGUGGAAUACGGAGGAGAGUGCUAUUGUGGCAAUACCUUCAAUACUGGAAGCGCGGCCGCACCGGAAGGUGAUAAAGGAUGCAGCUUCCUGUGUCCAGGAGAUAAACUUGAGUACUGUGGAGCCGGGAAUAGAUUGAGUGCUUAUGUUUUAAAUGCAUAG